CCUAAUUUCAUGUUUCCUCCCACAUCGACUCUAGUUUGGAAUAGUGUCAGGCAGUCCUAUUGGAAAAUGCAUUCUGGUGAGCUAAAGGGUGGUGGGCGUCUGACUUGAAGUAUCGCUCAGAAAGGCUCAGCUCGACAGGGAGGAAGGAUUCUGAUGGCUCCCUGAGCCUUUCCUCAUCCACAGACCCUGCAUCUCCCCACCCCAUCUUUCGGAUUCUCUGCAUCUCCAUCACCACCGCCACCGCACCGGUCCUGCCAGUUGGACGCAAAGUUCACCAAUGGAGCCAACGCAAUUAUGGGACGGCAGAUGCGCAAAACCCGGGAGAGGAUCCAGCCGCGGACGGGAAGGCAUGUUAGCACAGCAGCCCCGGGUCUCCUUUGGCGCAAAGCGAUUCGGGAACUGGGAUUCCUCUAUGCACCAUCAGAGAUGCAACUGGUUAUUUAAUUGAGGACAUCGUAUUUUUUUUUAAAAAAAGAAUUCUCCAGAUUAUGCAAACACCCCUGGUUUGAACAAGCCCCCGGCAACACUUUUAAAGUCUUUUUAAAAUAUAUGUAUUUUCACACCAACACACAGGCAAGACGCUACUUCGGGCGGAAUUCUAUAAGACCAAAAGGGAAGAGGGUCCUAAGGUGCAGGAAGGAACUCGGAAUCUCUGUGAAAUAUCGCUCCACAGCAACAGCCCCUCCAAAAAAAGAAAGGAAGAGGGUGACGGAAAAAGAAAGAAGGAAAGACGCCACAAAGAUGCCAAAUGCAGCGUGACAACCUCUCUGCUGCAGGGAGGGAGGAAGCAAUGCAUUGAAAAAAUGGCGUGCGGCAUAAUUACCUCCGAUCGCUAGUCGCUUGACACCCUGACACUAAUUCGAGUCAAGCCACGCUGGGAGCAUAGCGGAGGCUCUCUCCGGCUCUCCCCUGCCCUUUCCCAGAGAGAAAGAACAUCGGAUCCAGGUGUGACGCCCGCCUGGCGGGCAGAUGGAGAGCGAAACAGGAAAUGUUCAACUUUCCAGUAUUAAAAGGCAGACAUGAAAGAAUCCAUUUAGGAAGGAGCCCUUAGAAGCGAUGGACGGCUCGCACGCCAGAAUUUCUUUGACGCUUGCCCUGGACCUGGAUUGAUUUUUCUUUCUUUCUUUCUUUCUACAUCUCUCCCCGCUCCUCUCUCCCCACCCCGUCUCCCUGCGCCCCCUCUUUCUCCAGCAUUCCCUCAGCAGAUGGAUUUUUGCCACUGCGGCUCAGCAGAGGGUGUCAGAUCUUUCCGAGUGCACCAGGCUGGAAAGAGCAGAACCUCUUAGCAACUCCUGCCUUAUGUGCGUGAAUGAGUGAGUAACUGUGCAGCUCGGAAGACGGGAGAGGGGGGAGGAGAGAGCGAGCGCGCAGGGGAAGACAGGAGAAGCCGAGAGAGAGAGAGAGAACGCGAGGGAACGCGGUAAGGGGGAGAAAUGGACAGACCAAAAACGCAGCGAUUGCAGAAUUUUUGCAGCGCCAUUGGUUCGGCAGCCAGUCAUUAGGCUGGGGCGUGAUUUCAGCACCAAGGGGGACUGGACAGCACCCAGAGUGGGGUCUCCUGGGCAUCCAGCGGCGACGGCAGCAACAGCAGCAGGGAUCCCGGAGGCCGGCUUUGCACGAGAGAAAAAAGCAAGGUCAGUCCGAAGCCAAAGCCAUGCACACGGGCCGCUCCUGCCGCUGCGCUCCCGGCUCCUCCGCGCUCCUCCUGCCUAUGCAGCGGCUGCUGCUGCCAAUUGCUAGCCAGAUCGUUCCUUAACGCCGAGGCGGCCGGAGAUCGACUUCGCUUUCUUCUUCUUUGGGGGCGGGGGGCCCCCCUCUGAGGGUGGAGGUUAUGAAGGGGGGUCUUCUACUUCCCCCCCUUCCUGUGCCUCGCAGUACGUGCCUGGAUAGUUUGUGGAUAUGAUCGCUGACUGGAGUCCGGGCUGUUGCAGUGUUUUUGGGGGGAGAGAGGGCUAAGAGGAGACCAGGCAGCGCCCCCCACAUCCUCCGAUUCUCUCCCCUCCCCAUUUCAUUCCUCCCUACCCAGCACUAUCUCUCUCUCUCUCUCUCUCUCUCUUUCUGUUUUUCUGGCUUUUGCCCCCUAUCCUCCCCCUCCCCCUCUUUUUUUUUUUUUUUUGGCAUCGGUUCGGACACUCCAUGCCUGGAAGGAACUUGACGGCGUGAGAGGGGAGAAUUUCCGCCUUGCCGUUUCCUCUGUGUGCUCCAGCUCGGGGAUGACUCGCUCGGUUUAAAAAUGCUGCUUUGGAUUCUGCUGCUGGAGACGUCUCUUUGUUUCGCUGCCGGGAAUGUUACAGGGGACGUUUGCAAAGAGAAGAUCUGCUUGUGCACCGAGAUCGAGGGCGACUUGCACGUCGACUGCGAGAAGAAAGGCUUCACCAGCCUGCAACGCUUCUCGGCCCCCACUUCCCAGUUCUACCAUUUGUUCCUGCACGGCAAUUCCCUCACUCGCCUUUUCCCCAAUGAGUUCGCUAACUUUUACAAUGCAGUCAGCUUGCACAUGGAAAACAACGGCUUGCACGAGAUCGUGCCGGGGGCUUUCCUGGGGCUGCAGCUGGUGAAGCGGCUGCACAUCAACAACAACAAGAUCAAAUCGUUUCGCAAGCAGACCUUCCUGGGCUUGGACGAUCUGGAAUACCUCCAGGCUGAUUUUAAUUUAUUGAGGGAUAUUGACCCGGGGGCCUUUCGGGACUUAAACAAGCUGGAGGUGCUGAUUUUAAACGACAACCUCAUCAGCGUUUUGCCUGCCAACGUGUUCCAGUACGUGCCCAUCACCCACCUUGACCUGCGGGGCAACCGCCUGAAAACCUUGCCUUACGAGGACGUGCUGGAGCAGAUCCCGGGCAUUGCUGAGAUUCUGCUGGAGGAUAACCCUUGGGACUGCACGUGCGACCUGCUCUCGUUGAAAGAAUGGCUGGAGAACAUCCCCAAGAACGCCCUGAUCGGCCGGGUGAUUUGUGAAGCCCCUACGAGGUUGCAGGGCAAGGAUCUAAACGAGACCACGGAGCAGGAGCUGUGCAGGAAAAACCGAGUGGAUUCCAGCCUGGCUGCUCCUCCGGCGGAGGAGGAGACGUGCGAUCCCGGGCCCAUCCCGACCCCCUUUAAGAUCCAUGGCAAGGAAGACCCUGCCACCCCGGGCUCUGCUCCUCACGGGGGUACAAAGAUCCCGGUGAACUGGCAGAUUAAGACUAGACCUACGGCUGCCAGCUCGACCAUCAACGUGAAAGGCAAGUCCUCCAGCAGCACACCUUGUCCUGCCACCUGCGUCUGCCACCAGAUCCCAGGAGGAUUCAAGGUGAAUUGCAACGAUGGCAACGUCAGCAGCCUGGUGGAUCUGAAACCCAAGCCGUCCAGCGUGCACGAGCUCUUCUUGAGGGGCAACAAAAUCCACACCAUUCGAAAAUCCCAUUUUGUGGAUUACCGCAAACUCAACCUGUUGGACUUGGGCAACAACAACAUCGCCACCAUGGAGAACAACACCUUCAAGAACCUUUUGGAGCUGGUGUGGCUCUACAUGGACAAUAACUAUUUGGACACACUCUCCCGGGAGAAGUUCAAUGGAUUGCAGAACCUGGAAUACCUAAACAUGGAAUUUAAUGUCAUCCAGCUCAUCAUGCCAGGGACAUUUAAUGCCAUGCCCAAGCUGAGGGUUCUCAUCUUGAAUAACAACCUUCUGAGGUCCCUCCCUGUUGAUGUCUUUGCUGGGGUCUCCCUCUCCAAACUCAGCAUCCACAACAACUAUUUCCCUUACCUGCCAGUGGCAGGGGUGCUGGACCAGCUCACCUCCAUCACCCAAAUAGACCUGCAUGACAACCCAUGGGACUGUAAGUGCCCCAUUGUCCCUUUCAAACAGUGGGUGGAGAUGUUGCGACCCAAGGUGAUGAUGAGUGACUUGAGAUGUGAGACUCCAGAAGAAUUCUUCAAGGAGGACUUUGAAUCCCUCUCCAAUGAGGCCAUUUGCCCUCAACUCAAGGUCUUGCCCACCUUGACUUCCUCCCAUAAGAACAGCACUGGCUUGGCCGAGACUGGGACACAUUCCAACUCCUACCUGGAGACUAGCAGGGUCUCCAUCUCGGUGCUGGUGCCUGGCCUUUUGCUGGUCUUCGUCACCUCUGCAUUCACAGUGGUGGGCAUGCUGGUCUUUAUCUUGAGGAACCGGAAGCGCUCAAAGAGGAGGGAUGCCAACUCCUCAGCCUCAGAGAUCAACUCCUUACAGACAGUCUGCGACUCUUCCUACUGGCAUAAUGGACCCUACAAUGCAGAUGGAGCCCAUCGAGUAUACGACUGUGGCUCUCACUCCCUAUCAGACUGAGACAACAGACUGGGGAAAUACAAAAACAAAAAAACCAUUAAAAUUUUAAAUCAUAUUAUGGGCAAUCAGUUCAAGUUCAGCAGCUAGCAACCUCAACUUCCCUCCGGUGGCUCAAAGCUCCCUUUUCCUGAUCUGUGCAUUGCUGUCUCGUCCGCUGAUGUGAAUGGACCACAACAUGGGAUGGGGCUUUGCCCACCUUAAAGCUACCUUCUGGUGAAAAAACACCUACCCACUCACUCACUCACCAAACUGGGGAGAAAUGCUGUGAGUGGAGGCCUGCUCCCCCCCCCCCUUUGGCCAAGCCUCCAACUUGAGGCUGUGCUUGGUGUAAAAAAUGUGCACCGCAAAGCCAGUGGCAAGGAAAGAAAGAUAGAAAGUUCCAGUCAAAGAGGAUGGCUCGACUUAGGGGUUAAAGAGAGAGAGAGAGUAAAUAUGAACGCACUCUCCUGCAAGGUGACCUAUGACCAGGUGGAUCUAUGGGCCCUGUGUGUGUAUGUAUGUGCUGGGGAGACGAGGGCUCCCCCUGGCGCCCUCCCCAUUGCAAACAAAGCAAGAGUGUCCAGUUGCACGAAGGCAUGAAUGUAUUGUAAAUAAAUGACUCUGAUCUAAACAGACAAACAAACCCAAGUUGCUGCAUGGUUCGCAUGGAUACAAACCACCCAGGGACGCUUCAGCCCCCAAUGGAAGCAGCGUCCAGUUCACCUCGUCCUCCCUCUUACCUGAUAAGUUCCAUCAUAUCAAACUUUCUAUAUAAAAAAAAUACAGUAUAAUAAGAAUAAAAAGUGCCAUUUUGCCAUUAUUUUUGUGUGAUUGCUAGGCAGUAGAGAUCGUCCUUUUACUGUGAAACAAACAAGGAAAAAAUGUAAAGAUUUUAUUUAAGACAUGUUUGCAUGGCUAUAUCAUGGGUUUCAGGUUUUGCGUUUGGGGGUGUAGGAAAAUGAAUUACUUUGUUGGGUGGAUUUUCUCUCUGUUUGGGGGAGGGAGGAAGGGGCCAGUUUGCUUCUGGUUAUUUUUGAGUUUCCUUUGGAAAUUAACAUCUCCAAUAAUGCCUUUCCAUCUGAAUGUAAAAAAAAAAAAAAA